UGGCAUGUGUACACAAGCGGCGAGUCAUAAUCGGAGCUGGCAACGGCUUUGAAUGUCACAGUUCGUAAGGCCUCGGUGAAGGACUUUCUUUUCCUUCGGGGACUUUCCGACGCGCGUUGUCUUAAGAGUUGCCAUUACCGAAGAUUCUUAAUGCCAGAUAAUCAACGUACUGCAGAAUAACCAUGAAAGAGUCAAGGUAGCUGCCGAAGUGAGAGACAAAAUCUAAUUUCGAUGGAUACAAAAUAUAAAGACGAUUUAUUUAGGAAGUAUGUACAGUUCCAUGAAUGCAAACUGAAUGCCUCUGACAGCAAGCAGCGUCCUAUUAAUGAUGAAUAUUUGCGAGUGGCAGCGUCAGCCUUACUUUGCCUUCCCAAAAUUGAUCCCUUUUAUAGAUUCCGGUUGAUAAAAUUUUAUGAGAUGGCUGAAAACUCCCUGAGAUCUCUGAAAUCCUCAAGUUUACAGUCUCUCCAUAAUGCAUUCAGCAUACUUGAGACAGUUGGAAUUAAUCUCUUUCUUUACCCCUGGAAAAAGGAGUUCAAAAAUAUUAAGACCUACACAGGACCCUUUGUUUAUUAUGUAAAAUCUACUCUAACUGAAGAUGAUGUAAGGCAGAUUCUGAACUACAUGGGUUAUGUGCAAGAACUGGGAGCAAUGUAUAAACUCAAAGAGCAGGUUGAUGCCAUUCAAGUGAAAAUGGUUUCAUUUGAACUCUUUUUGGCCAAAGUGGAGUGUGAGCAGCUUCUUGAAAUCCACUUACAAGUGAAGGAUAAAGGUUAUUCAGAGGUUGAUGUCAUAAAUGAACGAAAAAAUAGCAGCGAAGAUGUUCGAGGUUGCUCAGAAGCCAUGAAACGACGUGCAGAGUGUAAAGAAAACUUAAAUACUUCCAUGGCACGAAUGGUACUCCAGAAAUCAGCAAGUGAAAGGGCCUCUAAAGAUUAUUUCAAGCCAAAAGUGAGCAAGCCUUCUAAGUCAGUGGACACUUAUGAUAAUUACUGGGAAAAUAAGAAACCACCUUUGAUGAGCUCAUUGAGUCUCAGAAAAGAACCAAUUUUAGUUGAUGCAGAAGAUGACAUUAAAGAUGAAAUUAUCCGUCCAUCACCCUCUCUUCUGACAAUGUCUAGCUCCCCACAUGGGUGUUCAGAUGAAUUUUUGCCAACUUCAUCUCAUCACAAUGGCAUGUUAAGAACAAAUGUCCCAUAUAGCUCCUAUUUUUCUGCUCAAGAAGACUUAGAUUUAUAUACUGAUCCUGAUUCUAGAAGUAUGUUAAAUUUUAAAAGACAAGAAGCUAUUAAGCCUGAUGUAUGGGUGUUAAAAAGUGAUGCCAACCCUGUUUACCACAAACGCACGCAUCUAGCCAAAGAGACAGCUUCCCUCAAGUGCCAAAACUGUGGCGUACCUUGUGGCACUUCUGUUUGCCAAAAGUGUGACAAUCUCUUUAACUGCAGGCAAGAAUAUCCAGCAGUGAAACAGAGCACCUAUUCAAUCAAACCACUUCCAAAUGAUGGCUUAUCUCCUGCAUCUGCUUUAAGAGAGAAAUCUCAGUACACAUCACAGACUCAGAGUCAAGAGAGAGCUUCGCAAUUCAGUUCCAAAUCCAAACCUGCAGGCACCUCGCGCUGUGGCUUUUGUAACCGAUCUGGAGCUGCAAAUACUUGCACGUUUUGUUCAAAAGUCUCAUGUGACACUUGCCUCAAUGCUUACUAUUACGAUCCCUGCUGUAGAAAAAGUGAGCUUCACAGAUUCAUGCCUAACAAUCAGUUAAACUAUAAAUCAUCCCAGCUGUCCCAUGUAGUUUAUAGGUAGGCCUGAAGAGCGUUUUGGAGAGGAAGGCAAGGGGAGGGGAAAGGGCUACAAUAACUAGUGUUCUGACUCCACUGAUAAGAACUGACCUCUUGGGAAAAUGAUGUGCUCAGAUAUUUGGAAACAUGAUUCAGUGAUCAGGUGCCAGUUCUUGAUUUUUGUGGCUUCACAGAUGCUGCAGAUACAUCAGAGUUCAUGCUGCUAUAAUUUAGAUAACUUCUAGCUGAUCAUUACUUUUCAAUUUAGAUCGGGGAGAAGAGCACAUUUUUCUUUAAAACUUGGCAGCUGUUGCAUUUUAGAAAAGUGACAUCGCACCUUUCUAUUACAUUGUAGUCAUCUCCUUGCCCAAAUAAAAUCAUGUAAGGUUUUAAAAUAAAGACUAAAAAAAAAUCUCAUUUUCUGUGGAUUAUGAAACUACUGCCGGUUUUUGAUAAAGUAUGACUUUUAAAAUGUGCAAGAAAUACGUGAAUGGCUUGUUCUGCCAACAAGGACUCGUUUUGAGGUGUGUCUGCAUUUCUUGAUCGCCAAAAUGCAAACACCACAGCAUCUCUUCUUUUCAUCUUUGUGUUUCUUCCUUCUCCCCUUAUCAUCCAGUUUUUCUCAAGCUUAUAUAAUCUGGAUCUGAACAGUAUGUGCUUUAUUUUCUAGUGUUGCCAAUGUCAUCCUACUGGUUUUUACUGUAUGGUAUUUUAAAAAGGUGAACCUGUUUUCAUGUCACUUAAAUUAUGUGUGGAGUGUUGUCUUUCCAGAUGAGUACUGAUUUUAUUUACUUUCUGUUGCACAUGUAUUAAAUGCUGUUCUUUGUACUGUAAAUAGGUAAUUUGGAAACAGUUUAUUUUUAAUAAAUAUUUAAUAUGUUGAGUUCUUAAAAGUGGUAAAAUCAUUGUAACUAUGAAGUCUCUCUGGGUUAUUUGUUCAGGUGAUCUUUUGUUUUUGUGUACUGUAUUUCAUAGCUUAUUAUAUCACUGUGGCAGACUGAUGUUAUUGGCUCAUUUUUUUUUUUUAAUCCAACCCCCCCCCCACACACACACACACUGAUAAGGCUACCACUAAAUUGGAAUCUUGUCUAAGAACUGCAGGAUUUUGGUUCUCAGUGCACACUUUUCUUUAUGGUUAUGGGAAUUGUAAGUAGAAAUGUUAUGCUUGCUUCUAAAUUCACUGCAAAGUCUGUAGUGUAGUCCAGCAAGUAAAGCACCAGCCUGGUUAAAAAUCAGGGCUCAUUUGUGACUCCUGUUAAAGUAAAUCCAUCAGUUAUGGAUGUGAAUUAGGUAAUAAUAUUUAUCUGUAUUAGUGUAGCACAAAGGGAACCCUACCUGAGAACCAGGACUGCCCUAUGCUAAUCUUUGUACAGUGUGACCUCCUCCCUCCCCCCCCCCCAAAGCUGAUGGUGGACAGGCUUUAGUUUUCUAUUAACAGGAAGCCCACAAGACUCCUGCUAACUUCUUUAUUCAGACUAGCUAGUUAGAACAAAAUAUCAGACAACCUAAUCGGAUGUGCAGAAUUAAAUGUGUUUAAAAAAAUACAUGUAAAGAAAUCUAGCUGAAGUGUAAAACUAUGUAGUCCCCUUUGCACUAAAACUAGUAUUUUUUUUAAAGCGCUGUUAGAGUCUAGGCUUCUAAACUCGAAUCUCCAUUGGUCCCUGUGUGACAGAAACGUGCAUGAUUUUUUUUUCCUUAAAUUUUCUGGGUGGGUGGGGGGGAGGAGGGGUAGGUAG